AUGUCUAUAACAAUGGUCCGCGUGUUGUUCGUGCUGGUAGUGUUGUUGAUGGGCUUGGUAUUGCCAACAUCUUCAUAUGCCUUCACUUUGGAAGAGGAGGUCGAGGUGUAUUACAUCCAAGCCCCAUUGCUCGAGCAUGACUUUAACAACCUAUUCAGCUACCUCAAGGCCUUUCAUUCAGGUCUAUACUUUUACACAAGAGCCACCAAACAGAAUUAUACAUUGGAGUAUGUGGCAGUACCAAGUAUAUAUGAUGCAAUAUUCCCACUUCAUAUGAAUGCAACGGCAAAUACAAUCACUUGGGAUAGUUCCGGUGGCGUGUUGUAUAGUGAGCAGUUCAACGCGUCAUACUGGACGGGUGGCCAGCAGUACUUGAUGACGAUCACUGGCGAGACAUUGCAGAACUACCUCUGCUGGGCAGAGUACUAUAAUCAGACCAACCCCUGGUACAACCUGUACGAGGUGCACAACAAUCACACCAACUUCGAGUACCUCAACAGCAGCAUCUGCGACGACUUUGUCUGGGUGUCGCUACAGGCCCUGUUCGACCUAGGUGGCAUCCUGACCGAGGCCCCCGUCCUGGCACCAGCGCGCGACUUUGUCCGCCUAUACGUGACGCAGCCGCCCACGCUUGUCAACACGUCGGACCCGGCAGCCAUGGCCAAGAUGAUCUUUUUCUACGAGGCCAUGCGCCCAUUCCCCAACGAGACGAUCCAGCAGUUCAUCGCGCAGAUGGAGCAUACAUUCUCUGGCACCUUCUACUAUUACUACUCGGGCGUCUACUACAACCUGACGCUGGCGCCAACCAACGCCAUACUCUUUAGCUACAAGUCGUCGCCGCUGCCGACCGGCCCACGCCGCCCCGACAACGUCCACUAUCUGAGCACGUGCCAGCCGGUGCACCUCCAGAGCGUGAACAGGCUGCGCGAGGGCCUCAUCAUCUCGGCCCUAAGCAUCGGUGGUCUGUUGGUGCUGUUUGCCAUCUACAUGAUGGUGGGUGUCGUGUACAACGUCGCCAUCAAGGGCAAGCCAUUCAACAGCAAGGCGUUGCCCAAUCACAAGUUCUGGUCGAGCUGCGGCAGCUGCUGUCGCAGCAACAAGAUCCGUUACCAACCCGUGCUCAUCACCGACUCUGAAGACGCGAAUGGUUCCAUCUCAAACAUCUAUGGCCAGAUCAACUGUUAG